AUUAGCGAUGAAUUACUGGUGGAUGUUGUAGCGAUAUUCAAUUGGCCAAGCAAGGAAAACUAAUGAUGCUACCAGCUUCUCCCUCUAUACAUGUAAGACUUUGAAUCCAGGAAAAAUAGCCUUAAGCCGAGGUUUUCGCUUCUUAAGCCUCUGCUCGAGGAGUCAUUGUCCGGAGGAUGUUGGAAGGCGCCCCAGACCCACAUCCAAAACGGCUACUUUGGACAAGCCCUAACUCGGGCUUGAUGAAAAUUGAGCCCGCGGACUCCCAACAACCCCUUGACGUCUGACUCACUCUUGUAGGUUAUUAUAAAGGCCCGUAGAUGGCAUGUAUCGCUGAAAUGGACUGUUGAAGAAGAGACUCAGGAGUCUAAGUAACUCAAAAGGCUGACAGGACUACCAUACGAUUGUGGCAUUUGCAACAUUGUAGCGUUCUAUAAGGCCCAUAGUUUUCGUCAGCAUGCCUUCUACAUCCAUUGUACAACAAGAUGACAUGCCUCAUGGAACUGACGGUCGACCUGCAUAUUCCUUGUCUCUCAGGGCAAGUGACUCGCUGAAAAACACCAGCAAUGCUCUCUGGGACAUUCUUAGCGACCUUUGGCAUCCGCAGAGCAACCCUCACGGCUUCGUCACCCUCGGGCUUGCAGACAAUGCUUUGAUGCAAGAACAGCUGCUACUUCGUGUGAACAGCGACUUCGAUCUUCCCGGACGACAUCUUUUGUUGAAUGAUACCAUCACUGGAUCUGUCCAACUUAAAACCGCUAUCGCUCAUUUUCUCACUCGGUAUCUCAGCCCUUUUAAAGCGCUCAAGCCAUCGCAGGUCAUUGUCACCAAUGGGGUAUCGUCAGCAACCGAACACUGCUCCUGGGCUUUCUGUGACCCGGGCGAAGGGAUUCUGGUUGGGCGCCCGUAUUAUCGAGGUUUCAACAGAGAUAUCUGCCUGCGGCCAGCAGCUAAGCUCGUUCUAGUCAGCUUCGACGAAGUAGAUCCCAUCAGUGUUUCGGCUGUGUCCAAAUACGAAGAAGCUAUUAUCAGCUCCCGUGACCAAGGCUGUACUAUACGAGCCCUCAUGCUCUGCAACCCGCACAAUCCUUUGGGUCGAUGUCAUUCGCGGUCGUUCCUUGUGGAGCUGAUGAAGGUAUGUCAAAAGCAUGGCAUCCAUUUGAUCAGCGAUGAGAUAUAUGCUUUGUCAGUUUGGAGACAUGGUCUAGACAGGGCAACGCCCAUGGAAGAUUUUACUUCAGUGCUUUCCAUCAACCCUGAUGGGUUGAUCGACCCAAAGCUUGUCCAUGUGUUAUGGGGUGUUAGCAAGGACUUUGGCGCGAAUGGAGUGCGACUAGGUGUGAUUAUAUCCCAAGAAAACGGUGACUUGCUUGAAACGAUCAGAGGGGUCGGCCAGUUUAGCUCGAUUUCGGGCUUCGCAGACUAUCUGACGACAACUAUUCUCGAAGACGAGGAGUUCGUGGACCGAUAUAUCAAGGAAAACCGUGAAAAGCUUGCUGCAGCCUACAACUAUGUUGUCACCUUCUUAAAUGACCAUGGAAUACCCUAUACAAGAGGAUCGAACGCGGGGUUCUUUGUCUGGUGUGAUCUAUUAACAGCGUAUCGGAGAGUCCAACCCAACAGUCCACCUGAUGACAGCGACUCUGCAAAGCAGAACAGAAGUAGGGAGCUGGCAGAAAAGUUGGCGCAGCACAGAGUGCAUCUUGGAUUUGGUGAUGACUUUGGUAGUGAGCAACCCGGAUGGUUCCGCAUCACCUUUUCUCAACACCGUGCUCAGCUUGAUGAGGGACUGAAACGAAUUGUCAAAGCCCUUCACUCUUAAGUGUUUGGGCAACUGAGAUUUACAUUGCUGGUCAAUGCCAGCUCUGCUAUGACUGAUGUGGUCUCCUGCUUGCAAGGCUUCAAUUUAUCACUUAUGAAUCGGCUUGAUUGAUAGAUCACCGGGGCUAUAUGACACCACGAAGUGACUGUACUCCACAUGCCGACUCAUUCCCCCUGCUGUGAAUUACAACAACUUUACUCUUUCGAUUAGUCUGAUCUAUUUUAUAAGUUGUCUAAGUCACUUCGCUAGUCGAGUUGUAGCUGAUAGACUGAAAGGAUGGGUGCUAAGUUAUGGCCCUGAAUUUUCAAAGCCCCCCCUUAAGCAGAAGUACGAAAGGAGACAUCCCUACAGUACUUGUAGUAUAGACUUUGUGAGUGACGAGUGGCGUGAAUGCCUGACGCUACAGUCAAAACAGCCUAGGAUUA